AUGCUUUUUUUGACAUUGUUAUCACUCACAGUCGCCCUCCUAGAGGAGCACCUGCUCGCGGCCGAAAAGAGCAUUGUAGCUGUCGGUGCUGCUCGUGGCGCUCCUCGCACCCCCAUCUUUGAGGGGUGUUCUCCCUCUCCCCUCGCUCCCUCCUACGCUGCUGCUGCUGCUGUUGACUUCCUUGGUGCUGAGUCUGUUGGCGCUGCUUCUACUCCUGGUGGGAGGCGCCGCACCGGCAAGGGCAAGGGGGGCAAAAGUGGUGGUGGUGGCGCUGGUGGGGGAGGAGGUGGGGGAGGUGGGGGGGGAGGCGGUGCUGGAGGGAGCGGUGGCGGGAGCGCUGGUGGGAGUGGGGUCGGUGGUGGAGACGGGGGCGGCGGAGGGAGCAGUGGCAGUAGUGGCGGCGGCGGCGGUGGCGGCGGUGGCGGUGGUGGCGGUGGUGGCGGUGGCGGUCGGAGCGGUGGUAGUGGUGGCGGCGGAGGUCGGAGUGGAGGCACUGGCUCUGGCCAGAGCUCCCAGCAGCAGCAGCGUCCCCAGACGACCCAGCAGCUUCGUGACCGCAAGGGACAGACGUGUGGGAGGUUCCACACCCCGUACCGCUGCUUCUCCCGCCUUGACGACGCUUGGCGUGAGGAGAUGGGUGCGGAUGUUGAGCGCCCCCGCUGGGCUGAGCUCAUGAGGGCUGGUGUUGAUGUCUUUGCUCUUGACUAUGAUGCUAUUAUUGCUGCCAUGUAUGCAUUGACUGUUAGUGCCGAGGGAGACUGUUACCUGUGUGUGCCGCCUGACCCAGGUAUAGAGCCCGCUGCCCUUGGUACUAGUGAGUCUGCUCUCUCUGGUAUGGUGCCCCCUGUACUUGCUCCCUCCAGUGCUGUCCCGGCUGGUUUCGAGUCUGCUCUCUCAGGUACAGCACCCACAGCGACUGCUCUCUCAGGUACCGCACCGGCUGAGGCCUGUCACACCUUCACCCUUGACUCAGGUGCUUCCCGUUGCUUCUUUCGUGACAGUACUGAGCUCACACCGCUUCCUGCACCGGUCCCAGUCUCCUUGGCUGACCCCUCUGGGGGCCCAGUCCUUGCCCAGUCCACCACUGUCCUCCCUUGUCCGGCGGUUCCGUCUGGCUCGUUGUCGGGUUUCCACCUCCCCUCGUUCUCGACGAACCUGGUGAGCAACGCUGUCCUCCAGGAUCAGUGGGUUGACACCUUUACCCCUGGCGGACAGCGUGUGGCGAUCUGCACGUGCUCCAGGACCGGCCGUCACCUGGCUACGUUCACCCGUCGGCCGGGGUCGAGUCUCUACACACUGACCACUGCGUCUCCCCAGGUAGCUGCUGUCGGUCAGGUGUCUGCGUCAGGUCUGGUGGCCCACGCCUGUGAGUGUCGUUCCCUGUCGCACCAGACUCUUCUCUGGCACCACCGCCUGGGUCACCCCUCCUUGCCACGCCUUCGUGGCAUGCACCGUCGCCUCCUUGUGUCCGGUCUUCCCAGGUCCCUCCCUCCCCUCCCUGCCUCGCCUGCGCCGCCUUGCCUUCCUUGCGUCGAGGGGCGGCAGCGCGCCGCUCCUCACUCCUCCUCGUUCCCCCCGACAGAGGCUCCUCUGGAGACCCUCCACCUGGACGUGUGGGGCCCAGCCCGCGUUCGUGGUCAGGGCGGUGAGCGGUAUUUUUUGCUGGUUGUCGACGACUACUCGCGUUACACCACGGUCUUCCCCUUGCGCACCAAGGGUGAGGUCCCUGCUGUUCUGAUCCCUUGGAUCCGCACGGUUCGUCUCCAGCUCCGCCGCCGUUUCCGGACGGAUCUUCCUGUCCUGCGUCUGCACUCUGACAGAGGUGGUGAGUUUUCCUCCGACCUCUUGAGGACCUUCUGUCAGGCGGAGGGCAUCGAGCAGACCUUCACGCUUCCGGACUCCCCACAGCAGAAUGGGGUUGCUGAGCGUCGCAUUGGCCUGGUCAUGGAGGUCGCUCGUACCUCCUUGGUCCACGCGGCGGCUCCCCAUUUUCUGUGGCCGUUUGCUGUCCGGUACGCCGCGCAUCAGCUCAACCUCUGGCCCCGUGUCUCCUUGCCGGAGACCUCGCCCACACUGCGUUGGACGGGGGAGGUUGGCGAUGCGUCGCGCUUCCGGGUGUGGGGUGCUCGUGCCCUUGUCCGCGAUACGUCUGCGGACAAGCUCUCCUCCCGCACGCUUCCCUGUGUCUUCCUUGGCUUUGUCCCUGACGCGCCUGGCUGGCAGUUUUACCACCCCACCUCGCGCCGGGUCUUCGCCUCUCAGGAUGUCACCUUUGACGAGUCGGUCCCCUUUUACCGUCUCUUCCCCUACCGCACUGCCCCCCUCCCUCCCCCGCCGCUUUUCCUUGCUCCUGGUCCCCCUCCGGUAGACCCCCUUCCCCCUCAGGGUCCUGCUCCUUCAGGUGUCUCUCAGGUAGACCCUCCUCCCGUCGCUGAGCCUGUCGAGGUCACAGGUGACUCAGGUGCUGCUGCGGGUGGUGCUGCUGGGAGUGCUGAGCCUGGGGGUGCUGAGCCUGGGGGUGCUGGGCCUGGGGGUGCUGGGACUGAGGGUGCUGGAGCUGAGGGUACGGUGCCUGAGAGUACGGAGCCUGGGGGUGCUGCGCCUGGGGGUGCUGAGCCUGCGGGUGCGAGGCCUGGGAGUGCUGGGACUGCGGGUGCUGGGGCUGAGGGUACUGUGCCUGAGAGUUUGCCGCCUGGGGGUGCUGAGCCUGGGGGUGCUGCGACUGGGGGUGCUGAGCCUGCGGGUACUGAGCCUGCGGGUACUGAGCCUGGGGGUGCUGCUACUGAGCCUACGGAGCCUCGGGUUACUGUGUCUGGGGGUGCUCCGGUUCGGGGUGCUGAGCAGUCUCUCACACCGCAGCAGCUUCGUGACUGGUACGUCCGACGCUUUCGCCGUCCUAGUGGCUCGGCUGGAGUUGGGGGUGCUGGAGUUGCUCGUCCUGGGGGUGCUCGUACUGGGGGUACUGGAGCUGCCGGGACUGGCUGUUCUGGGAGCGCUGCGACUGGAGCUGCUGGAGCUGGGGACUCUGGCGUUGGCGGUGCUAGCGGAGUUGGAGCUCCCGACUCUGGGGGUGGCGCUGCUGCUGGUGCUGCGGACCCACCUGGUGGAGCUGCUGCUGGUACUGAGGAGUCGGACGGUGGAGCUGCUGCUGGAGCUGGGGACCCGGCCGGUGGAGCUGCUGCUGGUGCUGUGGACCCGGACGCUGGAGCUCCUACUGGUGCUGAGGACCCGGCCGCUGGAGUCCCUUCUGCUUCUAGAGACGCUGCGCGGCCGCGACCAGCGUCGUGA